UCGGAGACCGCGAGCUGAUCCUCCGCACCGCCGGUCGAGUCUCCGCGCCAGCCGUGCGAGGCGCCGGAGGAGUCGCCGCCGUCUGUCUGGGUGUCACAAGCGCGUGGCUCGGCCAUGGCUCUGCGCUCGGUUCCGUGGCUGCCACCGCCGCCGCCGCCGCUGCUGCUGCUGGUGCUGCUGGUGGUGGUGGUGCCGUGUCUCGCCGCGGAAGGCGGUGAGGCCACCGUGGAGUACCUGGUGAACGUGAUUCUCAUCCAGAACGAUCAUCUGCCAUGGUCCCUCGACAAGGUUGCUCCGUUCAUAGCGCUCGGGAUCGAGCACGCCAAUCGAAGGCUACGCUCGGCAGGUUUAAAUGCGCACAUCAGUGCCACUUACGAUAGCUUCAUCUCCUUCUCUGAAAAUCCACAAAAGGUGUGCAUAGACACGGACUGCGAGGCCAAGGAGAAACUUCAUGCCAUAACGGAAAAUAAUUUACUUGGGUGUGCAGUCAUUGGGCCAACAUGCCAGUAUGCAGCCUACGCAUUGCUCAGGGUGAUUAAGCGCUACGAGAGGAUGGUCGUUUCGGCGGGCAGCUUCGGCCUGUCCACGACCUUCGUGCCCGAGCUGACGCGCACCCUGCUCAGCGCCGUCAAGGUCUCGACUUUCUUCGUGGAUUUCUGGAGACUUGUCCAGCCGCACCGCAAGCCCGUGGCUUGGAGCACGGCCUACGUCCUGUCGGGAAACUCGUACAACUACGACGUGUGUUUGUGGUACAUUCAGGCCUUGUUGGAAAACAUCAAGGUGGCAAGUAGAAACAAGAUGUUUAACUCUACGAAGACCGAGUUGGAUAACCAGCUGAUUGAGGUGCCGACACUGGACAAACUGUCCAAUGCUUUAAUGAUGAGAGAGAGCAAUGUGGUGAUAUUCUGUGGGGACGCCCCGCAUAUCUAUAAUGUGACCAGCUCGCUGGAGAAGUCUGUCAAAAACAUCUUCCAGGAGCUCGUCUUUGUGGCUCUGGAUCUAUUUGGUGGAGGUCAUGUCGCCGCUGAGCAGAAUUACACGAUUAGAGGGACCGUGCUGAUGGUGACUCUGCCUACGCUCAACGUCACUCUGCCCGUUGCAGAGCAACACAUAAACGCCAGCAAUGCCAAGAUACCCCAUGUGAAUAAGUUUGCAGAGGCGUACUACGAAACGAUGCUGAUAUACGGAGAUUUCUUGAAGAAAAGUCUUCAAGACGGCACCUUCACUUGCUCCAGCACAGACGCCACAGCAAUGCGUGGGAAAAACUACAUAGGAAAGGACAGGAUGGUGCACAUCGAUGAGAAUGGUGACAGCGAAGGGGAGCUGGAGGUCCUCUAUCUUCACAACAAUAAGUUCCACGUGGUGUGGCAGUACGACACGUGGAAAAACACGUUCAGAGAAGUCUCCAACCUAAGCUUCACCCUCCCGACCGAUAUCCCAGAGCGGGAGGAGAAUCACGCCACGAUUAUUGCGCUCUUUGCCAUCAGCGUCAUCUUCAUCGUGCUCAUUCUGGGCUUCCUUCUGCUCUGGAGGAAGUACAGCGUGGAGCGGCAGCUGCGGACACAGAGAUGGGUCAUCCCCUGGGUGAAGCUCGGGGACCUUCCGGAGGACGAAAACAAUAGCACACACGAGGUGCACCAGCGGAAGCUCAGCGUCUACUUCGUCCCGGACGGUAGCUUUGAGUCGGAUGCCAUCACCAAGAAGAAAUACGACAACAAGGUGGUCAUGCUCAAGCCGCUGAGCGUGUACGACAGGGAGUUCACCAACACGCAGAAGAGGGAACUCUGCCUCCUGAUAUCCAUGGCCUGCGACAACCUGAACAAGUUCUACGGGACCACGGUGGGAGGCAUCGGGGUUACGUACGCUGUGACCGACUACUGCAGCAGAGGUUCCCUUUGGGACAUCCUUCAAGAUGAGGUCACCUACCCGGAGGACACGCUCAUGGACUGGGAAUUCAAGGUGUCUAUCAUGCACGACAUCGCCAAGGGCAUGGUGUAUCUGCAGAACAAAAUCGGUGCGCACGGCAGACUCAAGUCCAUCAACUGCGUUGUGGACAGCAGGAUGGUGGUGAAGGUCACGGACUUUGGGCUCAUCAGCGAGAGGGAAGACAGGGAUCGUUCCUUGAAAAGCACACCUCGUCCUGAGAAUGCAGUCAAGGAGAAGAUCAUUUCAUACGCCCAGAUGUUAAAGGCGCGGACCCGGGGUCAAAACAAGCUUUUCAACAGAUUCAUAGCGCGGCGCUCAAACCCAUGCGACGAGAUAAGGCCAACGAGACCGAGCUCAAAACUCUGGAUGGCUCCAGAGCACCUGCGAGCGGGGGGCGUCUCACCCAAGGGUGACGUCUACAGCUUCGGGAUCAUCCUCCAAGAGCUCCUCUACCGCAGAGGCGUCUUCUACAUCCGAGACGGGAGCUACAGCGAAAGCGAGAUAACAGAGCGCCUGAUGUGCACGGAGGACACUGAACGUUUCCGGCCAACGCUCGAAGAGAGCGUCAUCGUGGACAAGACCGGAGGCAGCGAGAUGUUCCAAAUGAUCUCCGACUGCUGGGAUGAAAAUCCAGAAAGACGGCCCGACUUCAAACGUCUGGAGGGCAUCCUCAAGAGGAUUUCUAACAAAAUCCACCAGGGCCACGGAGGCACGUACGUGGACAGCCUGAUUUGGCGGCUGGAGCAGUACUCGAAGAACCUGGAGCGGCUGGUGGAGGAGCGCACGCAUCUCUAUAAGCGCGAGCGGGACAGGGCCGACGAGCUCAACUACCAGCUGCUACCCAAGUCGGCGGUGAUGGCGCUGAAGGCCCAGGGCUUCGUGGAGCCCGAGCUCUUCGAUGCGGUCACCAUCUACUUCAGCGACAUCGUGGGCUUCACCACCAUCUGCAAGCACAGCGAGCCCAUGGAGGUGGUGUGCCUCCUCAACGACCUCUACAAGGCCUUCGACGCCAUCGUCGACUCGUACGACGUCUACAAGGUGGAGACGAUCGGAGACGCGUACAUGGUGGUGUCGGGGCUGCCCAGGCGGAACGGCGCGCAUCACGCGGCGCACAUCGCCGACAUGGCCCUGGACAUCCUGGGCUUCGUGGGCACCUUCCAAGUGGACCACUUCCCUGGCCUGCCUCUCUGGGUCCGCAUCGGAAUUCACUCCGGUGGCUGCGCCGCCGGUGUGGUGGGAAACAAGAUGCCGCGCUACUGCUUGUUCGGAGACACGGUCAACACCGCGUCGCGCAUCGAAUCAACCGGGCUCCCCUGGAGAAUACACACGAGCACCUCCACGGUGAAGAUACUCACAGAGAUCGAGUCGGGCCAUGUGUUCGAGGAAAGAGGACGCACGGAACUCAAGGGACGCGGCACUGAAGUAACCUACUGGCUAAUUGGAAAAGAAGACCUGACCAAAACACUUCCCGUCCCUCCAGAAAUUGACAUUGGCCAUGGGAUGAAGGGGGAGUUCGAGGAGAUGAUCAAGGACCUCAAACGGAGACGCCGCAGAAAUCCACGCGCGCCGAAUCGACGCCCCCGGACAGACGCCCUCGUCAAAGUGGAGCAUCCCCUCGAGUACCUUCAGAUACUCAUCCCACCUCCAGACCACGAAGACACCUUGCUGUGAAAUCAUCCUUGGUCAUCCACGCAGGUUCAAUGGGAUGGGGAAAGCGAGAUUCACCCCGACACCAAAGAUAUUCACACGUCAAUCGAUUCGUAGGGUUUGUGCUGCACGGCUAUCCCACCCACCCACCGAUGCUUUUCAAGGGUCGCUUCGCAAUUUUAAGAAACAUCGGGGCCCCAUGCCACAUCACGCGAGGUGCAGCAGCGUCAACAGAUUUGAUUUUUUUGUGGGGCAGAAUGGCAAGGGAGAGAGAGAGGAUGCACCCCUCGGGGGUUGAUGGGGGGGGAGGAUGAUGGACACCAUGGGAGGUGGAGCAAUGAGAUCAGUUCAUGUUGCAGCUGCGAGUUGGAUGCUGGAAAUCACAGCCUCGCAUCCAGCAGCGGAUGGGCAAUGGCUAAUAUACAGGGACGCUUCAACAAAAAUGUUAACACUUAUAUGGGGACUACUAUCGUUAAUGGGAAAGGAACGGAUAAAUACACUUUAAGCAUGAUAACAAAUGUCAUGUGAAUAGCUUCAAGAAGUCAAAGAGUCUCCCACUUGUUCGCCAUCGCUGUCAACACGUGGCCUGGAAUCUUCUCCAGGUGCUCUCCAGGGCCCGGAGGCAGCAGCACAUGUCACGUGGUGUUGUUGCAAAUUCUCGGAAGUGUUAACAUUGUUUUGAAGCACCCUGUAUACCUUCAUAAAGCAUGCUACAUUGAACUAAAACUAUAUUGCUGUACUAGACGUCUUGUAAAGCACGUUAUUUUAUUCAUUUUUUCACGAGAAAUGUUAACGUGGUUCAAAGCGUGUAGAGUAGCAAGCAGUGUUCGUCACGAUUAAGACCAUCACCGUUUUCUUUACAAGCUACAAAGUGGAGACGUAUUGUGUAUUAAAUUUGAGCUUUCUUAAGAAAUAAAUGUCGGUUAAUUAUGCUUCUAUUUUACUAGCACAAUUCACGAAUUGUGUUUUCCGCCCAUCGUGUGACUGCGCAAACAGUACCGUGAUGCACACGAGACAAGUCAGCUUUAAGAUGUAACAUUAAGCUAUAGAACGUGAAUGCAAAAGUUCUCCGUUGUGUCAAAUUUCACGAAAAGAAAAGUGUAGAAUGGGCACUUAACAUGGCAAAGAUGAAAUAAAGUUUGAAGAUUGAACCAUCAGUAGAAAAGACACGUUAAGGUCAGCUUUGGAUUGACCGCUUACAGACCCCUAAAGCACAUUCACUACUUGCAGUCCCUAACUGUACAAGGCAACUUAAGAGAUGUGAACAUUAAAAACAAUUGAAAAAGCAUCAUUUGCGCCGUGGUGGAAAUGUUAUCUCCCUCGCCUGGUACGCAGGAGGUCGUAAGUUCAACCCCCGAAGGGCCGUGUAUUUGGAAUUUUCAUGUUCUCCCCGUGGACGCGUGGAUUUUUUCUCCGGGUCCUCUGGUUUCUCCCUCCACAUUUUAGAAACAUGUGUUCAGAUUAUUUGGUUGCUAUACAGUUCCACAUAAGCAACUUUUGCGCUACCAUUUGUGGCCUAGAUCGCGUUUGAAAAAAGAGAGCCAAUAGACCACUGGGCAUUAAACUGGUAUAUCUAAGUUUGGGUUUUGCCAUGGCCCCCACACUCACAAUUCAGAUGUUCUCCUUGCCAUGUAUAAGGAGUCAAAUAGACGUACUCAUGGGAGCAGGCACAACUGCCAAUGUUUGAGACUUCUGUAGUUACAUUUCCUCUUAAGUAUCACGUGCUGCAUCCAGUUACUUGAACGUCAGAAUUCUUCUUUAAUAAACAGAUGCUGCCAAAUGAAUUCAUCUUU